UUCUUAUUACAAUGAUACUAUAUAUAUAUAUAUAUAUAUAUAUCAUAGUACAGUGUGACAGUUAUUAUUAAGUUCAGUAGAAGAAAUGCUACCAUGUUGUAGGGGUGAUCACUAAAUCUGUUAAAUCGAUAAUUGUACCAUUUCACAUUAUCGCGAUUAGAGACAAAAUUCAAACAAGUUUGAGUAUUGUUACUAUCGCUGUUAUGCAGAAUGGUCAAUAUUAUGUAUAUAUAAUGGUAAAUAUACAUGAAGUUUUAAAAUGGCUUUUUUUGAAUCUCUUUUCAUAAUAAUGUGCAUAUCAUGAUAUACAUUGUAACUGAGCAAACAUUUCAGGAAUAUGUAAAUAUAUAAUAUAAGAAAAAAAUUUAUUUUACUUGUUUAAUAAAUAUAACCAAAAAUGAAUGCAAUAAAAAUGUUUUUUUGCUAAUAUCUCUCACUCCGACCGUGUUGUACAAAUGUACUUCACAAUUAAACAGUUGACCUUUUUUAUCAUUACAUUAAUGAGAUUUUACACAUUACAGGAGGCAACUCGCUGGGAAGAGGGUUAAAAUGGUGCUGAUGUCCAGGGGUGUGCGGCACAGGGGGACACACAGUCAGAGAGAGAGAGAGAGAGUUUGUCCUCAACCACAGAUCCAAUAAUCACCUUGAGAGUUUCACCACAACCCCUGAGAGAGUGACACGCUGCACUCAACUGAAGAGCACAGUGAAGAUGAUGAAGACACCGCAGCUGUGUUGAGUGACAUGGACGUGUUGGAAGGUUCUGGAUCCGGUUUCGGAUCCGGUUGGUGUGUGAACUGUGGAAACGGAUCGUACCGGGAGGAAUGGGGACCUCAGUCGCUCUUCAACGUCACCGAGCUUGUGGUUGUUACGACGCUGUGCGUUCCAUUGCUGCUGCUCGGCCUGCUGGGAAACACGCUAACCAUUGUGGUGGUGUGGCUCCGCCCACAAAUGAGAAGCACCACCUACCAGUAUCUGAGCAGCAUGGCGGUAUCUGACGUGCUCAUUCUGCUGCUGAUGCCUCUGGAUCUGUAUAAGUUGUGGCGGUAUCGUCCAUGGUUGCUGGGCGACGCCGUGUGCAAGCUGUCGAUGUUCGUAGGAGAAUGUUGCACCUUCUCGUCCAUCCUGCACAUGACCGCGUUGGGGGCGGAGCGAUAUCUGGCCGUAUGUUUUCCUCUCCGUGCACGUUUGCUCGUCACUAGAAGGCGUGUCCGAGUGCUGAUCGGCGGGCUGUGGGGUGUGGCAAUGCUAAGCGCUGGGCCUGUAUUUGCAGUAGUGGGCGUGGAGGGUUUGGAGGGCGGAGCCAGUGAAUGUCGCUGCACGCAGUACGCUCAGACGUCCGGUCUCCUGAAGGCCAUGCUGUGGCUCUCAAACCUCUAUUUCAUUUGCCCACUCACCAUUCUGUCCCUCCUCUACGGCCUGAUCGCCCGCCGCCUGCACCUGCGCUCGCACACGCACCGCGACAAAACACACCGCCAGACGCUCCGCAUGAUGGUGGUAAUCGUGCUGGUGUUCGUCUUGUGUUGGCUGCCGUUCCAUGUGAGUCGGACGCUGUUUUCCAUGUCGGACUCCAGCGAUAAGCUGUAUUACAUAAAUCAGUAUUUUAAUCUGGUGUCUUUAGUGCUGUUUUACGUCAGUGCUGCUGUGAAUCCUCUACUGUAUAACAUCAUGUCCGCUCGCUAUCGCGCCAAUGUCCUCGCCAUGCUGCGGCUAACGGCGAAAACCACGGACGAGCUGCACCACAGGGCCCACACCUCCCCGCUCACCGCCUCUCACUCCAGCUCACACUUCUGAUCCGCGUGUGUGUGUUAGACACGAAACAUACUCAACGCAAGUACAGGAAUGCAGACGCUUGGUUACGCGGGCUGCAUUUCACGCAAUGUUGCGUUUGGAAAUUAAUUGGAGUGCAUAAUGCAAGUAUGCAUUGCCGCAAGGUGCGCUAUCCCAGGAACUGUUUGCUUUUACAGUCAGUUCUUCUUUCAGGCUAACUACUGUCAUAGUAAAGCAGUUGAUGAGAUGAGUUAAAUUUAAAACGAGUCCUAACUAGCCACGACACAAAGAAGGGACAAGUUAUCUAUUCAGUUUUUUUGCCCUAAACAUCUUCAACAAGCGACGAUGGCAUGCUUUCUGUUUCUCCAAUGCCCCUCUCAGUAUUCAUUUUAACCUUAUUUUUUUUAUUUUAGUCUGUUUUUUUGUUUUUGGCUAAAAAUGUCCUUUAAUAUUUCGUCAUGUCAUAUUCAUUAAUUUUAAUAUAUUUAUCUCUGACUAAAACGGUAUAUACUUUGUUGACAAAAAUGCCUUUUUUUUUUAUUAUUUAAAAUUGUAUUACAUUUUUAUUACAAUUAAUUGUAAUUUAAAUAAGUAAUAAGUUGUGCAAAAUGACAACUUUUUUCUAGAUUUUUCUUGACUUAAUAUCUUGUCAUAUUUUUGUUAACAGUGUUUAUAAUUAAAACCGUUUGAGUCGCGAGUUUGAAUCCAGGGCGUGCUGUGUGACUCCAGCCAGGUCUCCUAAGCAACCAAAUAGGCCCGGUUGCUAGGGAGGGUAGAGUCACAUGGGGUAACCUCCUCGUGGUCGCUAUAAUGUGGUUCUCGCUCUCGGUGGGGCGUGUGCUGAGUUGUGUGUGGAUGCCGCAGAGAAUAGCGUGAAGCCUCAACACGCUACGUCUCCAUGGUAACGCGCUCAACAAGUCACGUGUUAAGAUGCGCGGAUUGACGGUCUCAGACGUGGAGGCAACUGAGAUUCGUCCUCCACCACCCGGAUUGAGGCGAAUCACUACACCACCACGAGGACUUAGAGCACAUUGGGAAUUGGGCAUUCCAAAUUGGGGAGAAAAAAAUAAUAAUAAUAAAAUUUAAAAAUGUAAAAAUAAAUAAUUUGAAAAAAAAAAAAAUCUCGAUUUUUCUUGAUUUAAAAAAGUGUUCGCGCAUUUGUAAAAUCUUGCAAUAUAUUUUCAAGUCAUAUUUUUGUUAACAAUAAGUUUUUAAUUAAAACUAUUUGAGUAUCGUCAUUAUGCGUUAUUUAUAUCUCGUCUUCGUUAUCAUUGAGAAAAUCAAAAAACCUUUGUCAACGAACAUCUAUAGUACGUCAGUAAUUUCGUUGACGAGAUUAACAACGGUUGCACUCGUUAACCUCACCUGUCGUGAAAUCCAAUUAAACUACAUUUACGCUCCACAUAGCUGUACAUUAAUCAUCAACUACGCUCGGAUUGGCUACGAUUGUGUCAUGUCCGUUAGUCGUUGCGUGUUCUGUAUGCAGACAAAUUAUCACAUUGGUUAGCACGCGGCAUUAGUAAAAUAUUCGAAAUUAAAAUGUUGAUAGGUAGCUUAAUAAUAGCGGAUUCGGUUUGAUGGCGUAAACAUUUUAAGGUUACUCUAGCACCUGCUUUGUUACGGCUACGUAAGUUCGACAGGACUGUGCACUUGCGAUGCGUUAACCAAGCGUUCGCGUGUAUGGGAGAAAUAGUAAUAGUACGGUAGUAUGCCAUUCCAAACACAGAGUUGUGACGGACCAAAGACGUUCUAGCAAGUACACCGUCGGCCAUCUUUGAAACGCUCUCGGGACGCUAUCUCCAGUCAUGCCAGUGGAGCUCCUGUCUACUUGAAUGGGGAACGCCGAAAUCUCAAAACUGGUUUUAUAAGUUUUGAGCUUCUUUACCUCGGAUUACACUAAAAAAAAUGCCAUUUUCCCAGCUUGCAUAGCUAAUGCACAUGCGUGUUCUCGAGUUGAUUGACAGGCGAUGUCUGUAUCUAAAAGGUGAUUGGCUCUCUGUAAGGCGGGACUUCCUGUCGAUAUAUCCGUUGGCUGCCAUUGGGCGUUCCAAUUUCUCCCAUUCAUUUGAACAGAAGUGACCCAUCUCUGGACUACGAAACACUCGUGUAAAGAAGGAAAUGUCAAUGUGACUCAGGCUUCUGAUGAACCACAAAAUCUCUACGAAUGGAACAAAGAGCAUCGUUGAGCCUUUUAGCAGCACUAUAUAUAUAUUUAAUGUUUCUUUAUGUGUGUGUUAACCUGAAUUUAUUGCGUUUGAUGGGGCUUAAGUCAAGGAUUAUUGAAUAAAAAUGGAUCUUUAUGACACUGCCAUGUGUUUUAUGAACGCAAUACUCCAGUGAGGGGUGAAGAUUCUGGUGCUUACAGCUGCAUGACGAGGAGCCGACAGUCUCCGUGUCAGUCUGAUGUGUAAUGCACAUCCAUGACUGAAGUAUAUGAUAUGGAUGCACAAGUACAUUUGAAUGUCAGGUAAAUGUUUUCUAUUUGUCAGCAGUAUGCAGUGUUGCUCAGCUAUUAAAAAUAACCUGAAUAUUGAGAUGCUGCAAGUGUCAACCAAUCACAUUCAAGGAUUCUCAGACCUGCAGAGCUGAUUGGCUGACGGUCGUUUUAUUUGCUGUAUUUUAAGUUUAAUGGUCAGUAAUGUCCUCUGCAUAUGUUCCUGUGGCGAAGACUAUUUUAUUAGUACUAUCGAAACUAAUGUGGUUAUAUGAACACAUGAUGCAUAUUUGUUAUUAUUUGAAAUGCAUAGAAAAGUGUUACUCAUGUUCCGUUUUUAGAGGUUGUAAUUAAUGUAACAGUAAUAGAACAUAAAAUACUGACAUGUCAUUAAAAUCAGCUGUUGAAGACCCGAAGGAAAUGUUACUUUUAUCUUUCUGAACAGUUGCCAAUGCAGAAACUGUGGAAAUUAAAUUACUUUUUCAAAAAGAAAAUGUGUUUAUUGCCGCUGAUCCAUUAUUAUAGUUUACUAGUGUUAGCCGUGUGUUAUUGACAGCACUGAACAAAUGAUUUUAUGGUGAAGUAAAUAUAGCACUUUCUACAUUUGAAUCAGUUAGUUUCAGCGUGAACUUGUACUUCAUUCAAUCAUGUAAAUAGGAAUGCUCUAACUAAUAAGUAAAUAUUAUUUAGGAUUAUUAUGUGACUCCAGCCAGGUCUCCUAAGCAACCAAAUUGGCCCGGUUGCUAGGGAGGGUAGAGUCACAUGGG